AUGUGGGGACCGGCUGAGCACGUUGCCUGCCGAUUGGCUCGUCCACUCUUUCAGCAAACGCAUUCCAAAGAAGCUCUUCGGUUUGUCUGCUUUUUACACUCUUUCACUCUCUCAUUCUCUCUCUUUCUCGCUCUCUCUCAAUUCUUUGGACACCCGGGAAGACCCAACGAGGAGAGCCGGAUAAAGUUGUGCUCGGGCCCCAUAAUGAACAGAGACGAAAAGCGAAAUCUCCGACAAACAAAUGCAUAG